AGCCCAUUUCCACUCUCAGAAAACCCUCUCGACUGUGUUCUCCCACCGCCGCGCCCUCCGGCGAGACAAGUCGUCGGCGUCGGGGCUGGGGCGACGCCUGUGCCGCCGGCGGCUCCGAUGUCUCCGUCUUCUUCCAACGUUUCCAUGAGGAAGAAGCUUAAGCAGACUGUGAACAACUCAGGGCUAAAGCUGAAGCCGCCGAAAGUCGCGGCGGCGGCUGCGUCGAAGCCGAGCUCAUCGAAUCCGGAGGAGUUGGAGAUUGAAAUCGCGGAGGUGUUGUACGGCUUGAUGACUCAGUCGCAAGCCCCUUCAUCGAAGAAGGAGGAGUCGAGAGAAAUCAACAGAUUGGGCAGCGAUGCGAAAUCGCAUAAUUCGUCGCCGAUUUCGAAUUCUCCUUCGGCCAAUAAUCCCAAUUUGGGAUCCAAUUCUGGGCCCCUUUCAGCUGUCGCUCCGAAGAGGAAGAGGCCGCGGCAGAUACCGGAAAACUCGAGCUACGGCGCUCGGAGCAGCCCCGUUCCGGCGAAGCUUGAAGCUUAACUUUCAACCUUACAUAAUUAAAUGCUUUAUUGUAGGACCCACUAAAUUUUUAACUUUACACAACACCACU